AUGGUCCGAGUGUACAGCUACACCCUCAGAUGCGAUUCUUGUGGUAACUACGGUCACUUUGGAUGGCUGUAUAGAUGCAGUCAAGACCAGGAGGAAAUUUUGCGCAAAUCCAUCUCCAAUGGCGAAGAGGUCACCUUUGACGACAUCGGUAAGCAGCUGGUUACGGCAGUCCAUCCAAGGAACCGCGGCCCAGAGAAACGGUCGGGGAACGCCGCCAGCUUUCUCGAGGAGAUGCCUCCGAGGGAUAUCACCACCACCUACUCGAGCGACCAGCUCAUGACUCUUUUCAACCAGCGGAAACACCUUGGAGAUAUUCUUCGUCGAGAAUCUUUUCGAAAGAAGCCGGCAGCCAUCCAAGGACACGACGGCGCGCAUUCGUCCAGCACCUACGACUUGGAUGACACCUUAGAGAGCAAUGUCUCUACCCCUUGGGUUCCCAGGGCGAAGGAUGAGUGCCAGUACAAGAUAUGCUCAUAUUGCCGCCCUGGCGGAGCAGACCGGGCGUACAUCAGUCUGGAUGGUAUCGCUGAGGGCAACAUCCCCGCCACCGCUGCCACCGGGUACGGCUUCCACCUAUUUCGCCGAAGACCCGUAUGCAGCUCUCAACUGGUUGCGAACAUCGGUCUUCGAUCAUCUUCAGGGACCUCAAUCGGAUCCUCCGCGUCGUCGUCGGGUACAUACAGAUAUAUCAGCGACGCACAGCUGGCGAGUCACUUGGCCUCACAGCUCAAGAUGCCCGGCACGUCAACUCUCGACUCAAGACCAGCGACGCUGUACUCUCUUCUUCUCCCCCACGGCCAUCUGCCUCGAUCUCCGGGGACCCCGAACCUCGCCGCCCAAGUCGAGAAGCCUUCCGAGUCCCACACAGACGACUCUUCGUGGCAAGAUACCACGGCUUCGACCAUGAGCAUCCCGGCUGGCACCAGCGGCCAGCUCAGCGACGACGCUACAGAGAUGGAGGAGCAAGAGAAAGCGCAGGGCAGGUUCUCCGCCACGCCUCUCGACGUUCCAAAGGGUGUGGCCGUCUUGGAAGAGAGCGUUGAGAUGCAUGCGCCGGACCUGGUCACACAGGUUUGA